AUGGCUAGAAAGAAAGUGGAGCUCAAAUACAUAACAAAUGACUCAAAGAGGAGGGCAACACUAAGGAAAAGAAAAAGUGGUCUAAUAAAAAAGGUUGAUGAAAUUAGCACUCUUUGCGGGGUUGAUGCUUGUGCUAUAAUCUAUACCUCUGAUGAUCCACGACCAGAGGUAUGGCCGUCACCAUCAGAGGUGAACCGAGUGAUCUCUAGAUUUAAGGAGAUGCCUGAAUUAGAACAAAGCAAGAAAAUGAUGUCUCAAGAAAGCUUCUUGAGACAAAGGAUCCAAAAAGGCCAAGAUCAACUAAAAAAACUAAAAAAUGAGAAUAGAAAGAAAGAAAUGAACAAUCUCAUGUUUCAAUCCUUAGCUGGCCAUCAAUCCCUUGACAAUGCCACCAUGAUUGAUCUCAAUGAUCUUGCAUGGAUCAUUGAUCAAAAUAUCAAGGAGGUCGAUAAGCAAAUUAGCAAGCUUCAAGGGCAAGAAGGGGCUAGUAGCAAUAAUAAUGGAGUAGCAACCAUCAACGAAGAGCAAGCUCAAGUGGACAAUAUCAUCGAUGGUGGUGUGUUUUCAUUUGUGGAUGCUGCUAAUAAUUUCCAAAAUGAUUAUCGCCCAGCCCCAUUCGAUCCUUGA